AUGACCACGACACCACCCCUCGCGACGGGUGCCAACCCUCCGAUUCCCGCCGAACAGCUCGCCGCACUUACAUCGCUGCUGUCGGGUCUCACCGCUGCCGCUUCCGGCACUGCCACACCCGCCACGACGUCCGGCACCACUCGCACUGCCUUUCCAAAGCACGCACGCUUGGAUGGUGCGAAGACCUUCGCGAACUGGACACGCCAACUUCGCCUGUGCCUAGCGGACGACAUCCGCUCGUACGUCCUCGACGGUAUCGCACCCGACGACUGGACACCUUCGCAACGCUCCGCUCGCGACGCCGUCGCUCGUGAGGUCCUUGCGAAUUCGAUUGACUCGGCCGAAGUCUCGGCAGUCCUCGACAAAAUCCCUACCGCCGACCUGACAGCGCCGACAAUCUACUCGACGCUGAAAUCGCGGUACGCCCCUGACGACGCCACCCGCACGCUCGAGCUCUUCUCACGACUCUGGGGUUUCCGUCCCAUGCCCGGCACGGUUGCCGAAUUCGACGGGUGGAUCAUGGACUUCAAAGCCGUUGCGCAAGAGAUCAUCGACACAAAGACAACUAUCAAUGAUGUUCUCGCCACACUCCUCCUUGCAAUCGCCCACCCGUCCCUCGAGAGCUUCAAGGCGUCGUUCACCGAUGAACAGCGCACGCAACGAACUCUCCCCGACAUUGAUUCGCUUGCCGACCGUAUGCGAGUCCAACUUCGGUCAACGAACAUCCCCAGCACUCAAUCGGCCCUUCUUGCCUCGUCGUCGUCACGUUCUACUCGUCUCAAGUGUCUCGCCUGUCGCAGCCCUUCGCACCGAGUCGCGGAGUGCCCUACGAGGGCGCAACACCCGCCGCCAGGACCCUGUCGCUCCUGCAAGAAGAAGGAUCACUGGUCUCUCGACUGCAAGAAGGCGCUCGAGGACGGCAAAAAGCCCGACACCGCUGACUCGACCGUCGACUCGCAACACCAUGUCGGAUGUCUCGCCACCGGUCUUCUCGCUCGUCGUCGCCAGCUUCGCAACCACUCUUUUGUCGUCGACUCGGGCGCCACUUCGCACAUGGUCUCGGACAAGUCGCUGUUCACGACCUAUCGCCAUAUCGCUCCUACGAAGAUUGGUGGUAUUGCAGGGGGCAUCAACGCCAUCGGAACGGGAAACAUCGCCUUCAUUGCCGCCUCGGGUCAUCCGAUCACGCUUACCGGCGUGCUGCACACUCCGGGCCUGUUUGUCAAUCUUCUCUCGGUCUCUCGACUUUGCGACACCGACGAUGUCCGUGUCGCCUUCACAAAACACGGCAUCCACAUUGACAAGGACGGCAACGACAUCGCUGAAGGCGCACGACUCGACGAAGGGCUCUACUUGCUGGACGCUGAUCAUUCCAAAUGUCAGCACCUUGCUCUCCUUUCUCGCUCACAGUCGUCCGUGCCCCUGCUGACUCUCCAUCGCUGCCUCGGCCAUCUCGCACCGUCCUCCAUACAGAAGAUGGUUGCCGCUGGUUUGCUGGAGGGUCUCAGGGCCGGAUAUAGUGACGAAGAGGUAGAGAAGUUUGUCUGCAAUGCUUGCCUCAGCGCAAAGGGCCAUCGUCUUCCCUUUCCCGAUUCGGAUUCGCACUCCUCAGAGAGACUCGGCCUUGUACACAGCGAUGUGCUUUCCUUCCCCGAGCGGUCCUUGACUGGCAAACGUUACCUGGUCACAUUCCUUGACGAUUACUCGCGCAAACUCUGGGCCUACGCAAUCGGACACAAAAGCGAAGUCUUCGGCAUAUUCAAAACUUGGCUAGCCGAGGUUGAACUCGAGACGGGUGCGACGCUGAAGGUCCUCCGAACCGACAACGGUGGCGAAUACUGUUCGAGAGCGUUCACAGAGUUCUGCAAGGCACGAGGCACCCGUCGACAAUACUCUAUCCCACGCACGCCUCAACAGAACGGUCGUGCAGAGCGGGUCAAUCGUUCCAUUGCCGAAGGCAUCCUUGCCCUCCUUGUCGACGCCCACCUACCCAAGACAUUCUGGGAGGAGGCUGCAGCUUAUGUCAGGAGCACAGCCUGCACUGCCAUCAAUACUCGAAGGAAGUCUCCCAAGUUUGCGGCCGGAGUCGACAUCAGCUACCGGUUUGUUCGUUGCAAGCAUUGUCGGCGCGAUGGUGUAGUCGUGAGGGCGCGCGGGCGCGCACUCAGUGGUCGAGGGUUCGAUCCGCCCGGAGCGUGAUCUGCCUUUUGGUUUCUUUUCCUUUUUGUUAUCCGAGGCCCGGCUUCGGGGUUUUUACCGGUGCCUUGCAGGCAAUCCUUUUUACCCCUGAAGCGACCUCGUGGUGUAGUUAUUUGAUUCAGUCUUUCCUUCGCUCGGAGCACUUCCCUCCUUUUGCUUUUGCCACCCUUCCCCUAGAGCUUGGUCCACUCAUUAUCAUGACUCGUACCCUCCCUCUUUUUACCCAUUUCGCUGGCAAUUAAGUCCGUUACACUUGAUUUGCUGCGAAGCCUUCCGACCGAAUCCACUCCUCGGUUGCUCUCGGUGGACUGCCGCCGCCCAGCCGACUCGACCUUCCCAUCGGCCUGGUCAGCUAUUUCUUGGAUCGUUUGCCCUUCCUCUUUUGUCCGACCUCGUUGGCCACCAUAGUCCGGUACACUGGACUUGCUGCGAGCCUUGCAGCCGCGUAUCCUCCGCGGUUGCCUCUCGGUCGACUUCCGCCGCCCAGCCGACUCGACCUUCCCACCGGCCUGGUCAGCUAUUUCUUGGAUCGUUUGCCCUCCCUCUUCUGUCCGACCUCGUUGGCUACCAUAGUUCGGUACACUGGACUUGCUGCGAGCCUUGCAGCCGCGUAUCCUCCGCGGUUGCCUCUCGGUCGACUGCCGCCGCCUCGGUCGACACCCCCUUCGCUCCUUCGCGCUUUCGCGCGCUCUCUCGCUCUCUCCCUCGUCUCUCGCGUGUAGUCAUCGUCAUCCCCUCCGACGUUGCCUGUCAGCUUAUUUCGUUUACUGCAAGAACCUGUGUCAACACGCGGCCCUGGACAAGGCAACACCAAACUCCGUCUGGCAGGGUGACCACACCACUGCCUCGGCGCUUCACCCGUUCGGCUGUACAGCUUGGCUUACGGUCGCGCCCGAACUUCGCUCCAAACUCGACCCGAAGGCGGUUCGCGUUUUUUUCACCGGCUACGACCUGGCUUCAAAAGCCUUUCGCUUCUACGACACUACAACACAGAAGAUUAUACUUGGCAGAAAUGCCACGUUCCUCGACACUGAAUUCCCCGGAUUACAUGGCGACCCCACUGAGCAAGACGGCGACACGCACUUCGCCAGCGCUCCCACCACCGAAUCUCAAACCGUUGUCAAGACAUGGACCCCACUAGUAAGGUCGGCGCACAUGGACGUCUCAUCCCCCCUUGAUGAUUCUGCCAUGAGCGCCGUUGACGUGGCCCCAGGGUACACUGGCGGAACCUUACUUAACUUCACAGAUGCCGAAUCGUCCUCGUCACCGUCGCCUGCGUCGCCCUCAUCACCGUCGUCUGCGCCAUCGCCUGCACUUUCACCAUCGUCGGCUGCGUCAUCGUCACCCUCGGCCUUACCGACCGACUCUGAAGACUCCGCCGAUCCCCUCGACCUCCUCGGCUCACAGCCCCAGGUUCGCCUCGAUCUACAGGACGUGCACCACCCAGACUUCAGCACGUACCGCGAGCCCGCAUCGGCUGAGGAGUCGCCCGACGAACUCGACCUCAUUGGGCGCCACUCUCGCGACGAAUCUCCGGACGAAAUCGAUUUCCUCACCCGACACCACCGCGCCUUCAUCGCCAUCGACGACGACACCUCUGACACAGAGGCAAUUCAGCCAGUCAAGUCCAUCACGAGCGACCCACAGACCUGGCGCGAGGCGAUGUCUAGCGACAAGCGUGAAGUAUGGGCCAAAGCCGCCACCGACGAGUUCACCUCCAUGCGCGACGACUUCAAGGUCUUCACCAUCGAGGACCGAGCCACGGUGCCCGCGGGUGCGACUAUCGUUACAUCCAAGUUCGUCUGGAAAACGAAACGGAACGCACUCGGCGAAGUCACUGGACACAAGGCAAGGCUGGUCGCGCAAGGCAAUCGGCAACGCGACGGCAUCGACUUCAACGAAACGUUCGCACCGGUCGCACGCUUCUCCUCGAUACGCUCACUCCUCGCGCUGGCGGCCGCCAACGGCUUGCACGUGCACCAGGCGGACAUCGACAAAGCAUAUCUGCAUGGCGACCUUGACCACGACAUCUGGAUGACGGCACCGCGCGGCUUCGACCUUCCCAGCGACAAGGUGCUUCGCCUGCGACGCUCCAUCUACGGGCUCAAACAGGCUGGCCGAAUCUGGAAUCGACACAUCGACGCUUCGCUUCGGGCCCUCGGUUACACGGCGACGGGCACCGACCACUGCGUAUACUCUUGGCUCGAUGAUCGUCAAUGUCCACACUACAUCGCACUGUACGUCGACGACCUCCUGAUGAUCAGCCCGGAACUGGCCGAAAUCGAACGUGUCAUCUCAGGCCUGGACCAACGCUACGGAGUCAAGCGCCUCGGCCCGGCCGAGUAUAUCCUCGGCAUCCAGAUCAGGCGGUUCGACGACGGCUCUAUCGCCCUAUCCCAGGAACGGUACAUCAUGGACGUGCUCGCUCGGUUCCACUUCGACACCACGACUCGCGGCACUACAGUUCCGAUGACUCCCGGCCUUUCGCUCACUGCUAUCCCGGGUCAAGGCACCGAACGGAUCAGGUCAUGGUAUCUGCAGGCUAUCGGCUCGCUCCUCUACAUUUCGCUCGGUACCCGCCCUGACAUCGCCUUCGCCGUGUCCUACCUGGCCCGCUUCGCCAACAACCCCGGUCGUCGUCAUUGGAUUGCGGUCAAGCACAUCCUACGCUAUCUCCGGGCCACGUAUCGCAACGAACUCGUGUAUGCUCGCGGCCAGGCUCGCAUCACGGGUGUGGUAGGCUACUCCGACGCGAACUGGGGGGCCUGCAUCGACACAUCGGUGUCCACCAUGGGCUACGUCUUCUACAUCGCUGGCUCGGCCGUGUCCUGGUCGUCCAAACGCCAGUCUCGAGUUGCCGAUUCGACCACCGACGCUGAAUACCUCGCCCUCUCGCAUGCUGGCAAGGAAGGGAUUUACCUCAGUCAGCUGCUCGAAGAGCUCCAUGUACAACCUGUUGCACCGGCUCACAUCUUUACUGACAACGAAGCCGCUGCUGCAGUUGCUCACGAUCCUGUCCGCGUCUCUGGCACUCGGCACAUACGCUUGCGUGAGCACUUCGUUCGGGACAUGGUGAAUCGGGGCGACAUCUCUCUCUCGCAUGUGGGUACCAGCGACAUGGUGGCCGACAUCUUCACCAAGGCUCUCGGCCCAAAGGUCUUCUCAACGCACUGCUACGCCCUCGGCCUUCGCACUCGACACCCGCGGCUUGGGUCUGCCUCGCAUUCGCGUGGGGGGGGGUGUGAAGAGUCCACUCUCAGCUCGACAGGGGCGCCUCGGUCGUUGCGCGCACUUGCUAGCCCGCCCCCGGCGGUGGGGACUUAGACGCGCGCGACUGCCUCAGCGCGCCAGCGCCGGCGGAUUCAUGCGCGCGCCCGCUAGCCCGCCCCCUUGCGGUGGGGACUUAGGCGCGCCGGCGAUUUCACCCGCGGCUGA